GAUUCAACAUUGCAUAGAGAACGCCAGCAAGAGAACAAACCCAGCAUGAAACACUAUAGACUGCAGGGGAGGAAGAAAUGCAUUUAAAGCAACGAUAAAAAUGGCGUGCAGAAUAAUUACCUCAAAUUGCUAUUCGCUUGACACCCUGACACUGAUUCUGUUCAAGCCGUUGGGAAAUACAGUAAGGCAAACGCACCUUCCUCGCCUGCUUGUGCAGGUGUGAGUGUGUGUGAACGGGGGCAAUAGGGAACUGGUUGGGAGGAGGGAAAUGCUAAACUUUCCAUCUUAAAAGAAAAGAAAUAAAUUAAAUAGUCCAUUUAGGAGAAAGCAUCUAAAUAGAUCGACAGUUUUUAAUGCCAACGUUUUUAACGCUUGCCCUGUACGUGGAUUGAUUUUUUUUUUCUCCAGCAUUCCCUCAGCAGAUGGAUUUUUGCCACUGCAGCUCAGCAGAGGGUGUCAGAUCUUUCAGAGUGCACCAGGUUGAAACGAGCAGAGCCUCUUAGCAACUCUCCCUCUGCGUGCAUGUGAGUGUGUGCGAGCGUGCGACUCGGCAGCAGCGGAAGAAAAAGGAAAGAAGAGCGAGCGAGCGAGGAGGGGAGGCAGCGCGGCCAGCAGGGCGAGGCGAGGCGAAGCGCGGCGAGGCGCGGCGCGGUGCGGUGCGGUGCGGUGCGGUGCGGGCGGCCCCGGCCCAGCGGCCAGGCUCCGGCCGCCGGCCGGCAUGGGCAGCCGCGCAGCGCGGCGGGGGCAGGAGCCGCGCAGCGCCGGCGGCUGGGCGGCCAGCGCUUAAGGCUGGGGCCAAGGCGCUUUCAGCACCGGGGGCGCUGGACAGCGCCCGGCGGGCGGCGGGCGAGGAGCGCGGCUCCGCGGGCGGCUCCGCGGCAAGGUCAGUCCGGCGCGGAGCCGCGCACGGCGGCAGCCUCCGCGGGCAGCGCCGCGCUCUCCGCCCGCGCCUCUCUAACAUGCAGCGGCGGCCAGUGGCUAGCAGCACCGUUCCCGUGCCGGUGAGCCAGCCCGGCCGGCAGACCUCCACUUAGCCGCCCGGGAGGCGACAGGGAGGGGGAUCGAGGAGGGGGAUUGUUUUUUGGUAUUUUUUUUUUCCUUCUACUUUUUUUUUUUUUUUUUUUUUUUUUUGCGUGCCUUGCAGUACGUGCCUGGAGAGUUUGUGGAUAUAAUUAUUGACUGGAAUCUGGGCUGUUGCAGUUGUAUGUGGGGGGGGGAGAGAGGGAGAGAGGAGAAAAGAAAAGAGUCCCCCCCCUCCGCAGACCCUCCCUGCUCCCCCUCCCCACAUUUUUUUUUCUCCCCCUUUGGUGGUGGUUCGGACAUUUCAUGUAUUGAAUGAACUGGAAUUGCUUUCCGUGUGAGGAGGAUGGUUGCUGUUACUUUGUGAUGAGAUUGGGAAUGAAUUGCUCGGUUUAAAAAUGCUGCUUUGGAUUCUGUUGCUGGAGACGUCUCUUUGUUUUGCUGCUGGAAACGUUACAGGGGACGUUUGCAAAGAGAAGAUCUGUGCCUGCAACGAGAUAGAAGGGGAUUUGCACGUAGACUGUGAGAAAAAGGGAUUUACCAGCCUGCAACAUUUCACCGCCCCAACUUCCCAGUUUUACCAUUUAUUCCUGCAUGGCAAUUCCCUGACUCGACUUUUCCCUAAUGAGUUUGCUAACUUUUACAAUGCAGUCAGUUUGCACAUGGAAAACAACGGUUUGCAUGAGAUUGUUCCUGGGGCUUUCCUUGGGCUGCAGCUGGUGAAACGCUUGCACAUAAACAACAACAAGAUCAAAUCGUUCAGGAAGCAGACUUUCCUGGGGCUGGACGAUCUGGAAUACCUCCAGGCAGAUUUUAAUCUAUUGCGGGAUAUUGACCCGGGAGCAUUUAGGGACUUAAACAAGCUAGAGGUGCUGAUUUUAAAUGACAAUCUCAUCAGCACCUUGCCCCCCAACGUGUUUCAGUAUGUGCCGAUCACCCACCUCGACCUCCGGGGAAACCGUCUUAAAACCUUGCCUUACGAGGAGGUCUUGGAGCAGAUCCCAGGCAUUGCUGAAAUCCUGCUAGAGGAUAACCCCUGGGACUGCACUUGCGAUCUGCUGUCGUUGAAGGAAUGGCUGGAAAACAUACCCAAAAAUGCUUUGAUCGGCAGAGUGAUUUGUGAGGCUCCCACUAGGUUGCAGGGCAAAGAUUUAAAUGAGACCACAGAGCAAGAGCUGUGCAAAAAGAACAGAGUGGAUUCUAGCCUAGCUGCUCCCCCUGCCGAAGAAGAAACCUGUGAUCCUGGUCCCAUUCCAACCCCUUUUAAAAUACAUGGCAAAGAAGACCCUGCCACACCAGGAUCUGGUCCAAACGGAGGUACAAAGAUUCCCGUCAACUGGCAAAUCAAGACCAGACCCACUGCUGCCGUGUCGACAGUUAGUGCCAAGAGCAAGCUACCGGCUACCGUGUCCUGCCCGCAGAUCUGCAGCUGUGAUCAGAUCCCUGGCUCAGGUUUAAAGGUUAAUUGCAAUGACAGGAAUGUGAGCAGCUUGGUGGAUUUGAAGCCCAAGCCAUCCAAUGUGCAGGAGCUGUUUCUUAGAGACAACAAAAUACACACCAUCAGGAAAUCCCACUUUCUGGAUUACCGGAAACUUAAUUUACUUGACCUGGGCAACAACAACAUCGCCACCGUUGAGAACAACACCUUCAAGAACCUUUUUGAUCUCCGAUGGCUCUACAUGGAUAGUAACUACUUAGACACCCUGUCCCGGGAGAAAUUUGCUGGGCUGCAAAACCUGGAGUAUCUGAAUGUGGAGUUUAAUGGGAUCCAGCUGAUCAUGCCCGGCACCUUCAAUGUGAUGCCCAAACUGAGAGUCCUCAUCCUCAACAACAACCUACUGAGGUCUCUCCCAGUGGACGUGUUUGCUGGAGUCUCGCUUUCCAAGCUGAGCAUACACAACAAUUAUUUCAUGUACCUCCCAGUGGUGGGGGUGCUGGACCAGCUCACCUCCAUCACCCAGAUCGACCUGCACGGCAACCCGUGGGACUGUACUUGCCCUAUCGUGCCUUUCAAACAGUGGGCGGAGAUGCUGCGCCCCAAGGUGAUUAUGAGCGACCUGAGGUGUGAGUCCCCUGAAGAUUUCUUCAAAGAGGAUUUUGAGUCUCUCUCCAACGACGUGAUUUGCCCUCAGUUAAAAAUUUCACCCACAUUAACUUCUCCUAACAAAACCAGCACCGGGUUGACAGAGACAGGUACUCACUCCAACUCCUACUUGGAGACCAGCCGGGUCUCUAUUUCGGUGCUGGUGCCAGGGCUCCUGCUGGUUUUUGUGACCUCUGCCUUCACGGUGGUUGGCAUGCUGGUGUUCAUCCUGAGGAACAGAAAGCGGUCCAAGAGGAGGGACGCCAACUCCUCUGCAUCUGAAAUCAACUCCUUGCAGACGGUCUGCGACUCGUCCUACUGGCACAACGGGCCCUACAGCGCCGACGGGGCCCACAGGGUUUACGACUGCGGCUCUCACUCCCUGUCGGACUGAGGCGGCGGGCGGGAGGGACGGGGGACGGCUGCCACCCGGGACCGGCCCUCCGCCCUCCGGCCGGUGGGGCGGCAAAUGACGGCCGGGGAUGGCUCUGCACCUCGGCUACCUUUCGUGAGAAACAAAACGCACGCACGCACGACUCACGACUCCACAGCGAGCACCGAGGCCCGGUGGGCGGCGGGGGGGAGCCCGGUGCCGGGGCGCAUCCUCCCGUGCGCUGCCGGGGCUGCAACAGACAAGCGAGGACCCGCUUCCUUCGGCUCCGGUGGGGCGAAACACGGCUCCUGGUUUUGUUGGGCUUUUGUUCUAUUGUGUUGGGGUUUGUUUUGCUUUUUUGCCCUCCUCCCUUGCGGACCGACCCUUGUCCGAGAGGCCGGGAAGAGGAGGGGGGCGGAGGAAAGGCUGGUGUCGGCCUCCUCCUGACGGCAAAGCAGGAGUGGAAAGUUGCACGAAGGCAUGAAUGUAAUGUAAAUAAAUGACUCCGAAACAAACAGACAAAUGGACAAAAAAAAAAAAAAAAAAAGUGCUGCAUGGCUCGCAUGGAUACAACGCACCCCAGGGACGCUCCAGCCCCCGACUGGAAGCAGCGUCUAGUUCACACCAUCAUCCCUCUUACCUGAUAAGUCCCUUCGUAUCAAACCUUCUAUAUAAGAAAUACAGUAUGAUAAUAAAAAGUGCCAUUUCGCCAUUUUUGUGUGAUCAAUAGGCAGUAGAGAUCGUACUUUUACCGUGGAAAAAAUUGUAAAGGUUUUAUUUAAGACAUAGUUGCAUGAAUAUUCUCACUGGAUUUUUUUUUUUUUUUUUUUUGAGGCGGGAAUUAUUUUGCUGGGAGAUAUUUGCUUUGUUGAUGGUGGGUUGUGUUUUGUUUUUGGGGUUUUUUUUUCUUUCUUUUUGGGGGGUGGGUGAUGGUUUUCUUUUCUCUCUGUUCUUUUUCAAUAUACAUAUUCAGUAUUGCCUUUCCAUCUGAAUGUAAAAAUCAGUACCCUUGAUUUCUAUUAUGGUAACAGUGUAAACAUACAAAAAAAAAAAAAUCCAAGGCAGUUAAGCAUGACCAAUUAAUGUCACUCUAGUGCUUAGGCUGCAAAGUUUAAUGGUAGAAAAUUCUGUGCUGUUGUAAAUCUUACUAUAACUUGAGGAAACCAGACCUGAGGAAGCAAGUGAAACUUACUAAUUCUAUUCGAGGAUUUUAUAAUGGCAUAUUUUUUCAGUAUUAAAGUGAAAAUGUUUUCAACUCCGGGUCCUUACCAUUUUUCCAGCAUCAGUUCUUGCAAGUGGGUUAUUUGGGUUUAGGGGACAGAGCCUCCUUUCAGUGCUCUCUGUGUGUGUUUCUCUCUCUCUCUCCCCCUCUCCCUCCUUCCCUCCCUUCCUCCGUCCCUUCCUCUCUCUCAUUCAUUCACACGCAGAGGCACAAACACCCUUCCCUCACUCCUUCCCCAA